GAGCGGCGGCGGGUCGCGAUGCUGCGGCGGAAGCCGACGCGGCUGGAGCUGAAGCUGGACGACAUCGAGGAGUUCGAGAGCAUCCGGAAGGACCUGGAGAGCCGCAAGAAGCAGCGGGAGGACGCGGAGGUGGUGGCGGCCGGCGAGGAGGCGGCGGCGGCGGCGGCCAUCGCGCUGGGCGCCGACCACAAGAGCCGGGAGCAGAUCAUCAAUGACCGCAUCGGCUACAAGCCGCAGCCCAAGGCCGGCGGCCGCGCCGCCCACUUCGGCACCUUCGAGUUCUAGCGGCGGGGGCGGCCCCGCACCCCCGGCUGACCGGGACACGGCGCCGGGGGAGCCGCCGGCCCCCCGCGCCAGGCGGGAGGGGCCCCGAGGCUGGCGGGACGGGCCUCUCUCCUCCCUCCCUCUUUUUUGCUCUUUUGUGGGUUUUUUUUAAGUUUGUCUGGUUAACACGCCCCUCGGCCAAAUGUUUUGUUUUAAAUAAAUAUGUUGGGGUUUUUUUUUAAA